AUGGAGGGGUCGGGCAGUCCUCGAGUCAGAAAGCUUCAUUUCCCAGUAGGUCUUUGGAUUAAUUCCCCCAGGAAACAUUUUGCAAAGCUGGGGCGCCGCUGGCCCAGUGCUGUUUCUGUCAAGUCAACCACCAGCUCUGACGCGACCUCCCUCCACGAGGCCCCCUCUAUUCCUUCCUCUUCCCUUUCUAACUCCACUCCCUCGCUGGCUUCCCCAAACCCGUCGCCGUCUCCAUCCCCGGCCUUUCUCAGGCCUCGGCCCGCUGCGCCCCAGUCGCGCGCCAAGCGUCUUUCCCACCUCUUCCUGCGGGGGCGCUCCAACAGCGACCGGGACCGAGUGGUGGGGGAGAGGGAGAGAGAGCUUUGGGCCGCCUCUUCCACUCAUCAUUAUCUGCCCCCAGCCACUUCUUCUGCUCCGGGCCUUAUCAAGAUCUAUGGAGAUGCUCUAUCCAGUGGCGCAAACUAUCGCUCCCUGCUGGCUAACAUUCACUCUACGGCCAGUCAACUCAUCGCUCAGGUUAUCACUCGCUACACCGAGAGGGAACGAGAGGAGACAGAUGACGCAGUUCUCCAGAAACACAACCCUGAAGACUUCCUGCUGUGUGAUGUCAUCGGAAAGCCCAUCCAGCAGCCAGAUGGAACUAUCAAGUGGGAAAUGGAGUCUCGCAGAAAUGUAGCCCCAUGGGAGUGUCCCUUGUUGUUGGCUGACAUGUGGCGGCCCAAGGAUGGAUUCGAGCGGCGCUUUGAAAUUCAGAGGAAGGAAGACUAUGAAAGAGAGGAGAAGGAGCGGGAGAGCUACCAAGGUGUGCGCUGGAGGCGAAGCAGGAUGUCGUCAGGGGGCACGGUGGAGGAGGCCGAACGCGGCCACCGCGGAAGGAACUCAGAGCUCAGGAGGAGCAUCAGUGACAUGAACCUCAGCCUCAGGCGCCGCCAAGGCAACCAUGUGACCAACGACCCCCGUGGAGGUGGCAACCGGCCCGCGAACAACAACGGAGCGAUGCAGGAUAGGAAAAACAUUGUGAGCAUGAUCAACCCGCAGCAAGGAGAGGUCAGAGCAUCAAAAACCGAGGGAAAGGUCGGCUGGACGCACCAGCCGCCCGAGGAAGAAAAAGACUACACAAACUGUGACCUGGAGAUGAUGUCCCAAAGUUUGAUCCUUCCGCCUACGGACCGACCUUACUUCCUGUUGCUGCAGGGUUACGACCAGAGCAAGGAUUUUGUUUUGUAUAUUAUGGCGGGACAUACGCACGUGUUUGGGAGAAAGCCCACAUUAAGGGAGAGGGAGAAAGACAAAGAAAGAGAGAGGAAAGGGAAGAAGCCCCUCAAGGUGGAUACGUUCCUGUCGGCACCUGACCUCUUGGCCAGGCACUUACUCGUGAGGAGGGAUUCUGCUGUUCCCGAAACUCCUACUGGGCGAGCAUUAAUACGACCAUUCCGAGGAGGUGCCGUCACCCACAACGGGGUGCCUCUCUACAGGGAAACCGUUCUAAAAUCGGGCGAUGUCAUUGGUCUCGGAAACCACUUCCUUUUCUUGUACCGUGACCCCCGCGUCUCCCCGGUUGCGCCUUUGGCGCUGACGCUGCCGUGUCACUCGGAUGACUCGCACCCCUGCUGUUCCUCGGGGUUGGUGGACAAACAGGAGGCACUGAGGCACUACUUGGGAUCCACGGAAUCGGUUUUAAAGUUCCAUCCUCGGAAUGCUGAUGCCUUGUUGCAGGAGAUACUAUCAAAAAACUCCUCUCCUGACUCCGGAGGAGGACCUUUGGCGCCGGCGUAUCUGCUGUCAAUCAUGAUUGACCACGCCUCCAAGCGCCUCGACCCUGCGUUAACACCGCAAAUCUUACUUAAGGCUGCCAACCAGAUCAAAGAAAUUGUCUGGGAUAACAUUAAGGAAUUUGGGGAUAAGCAUCCCACGCAAAAUUCCAACGAGCCGGAAGAAGAGAUUAGUACAGCCAAUGUCCAGAAGUUGUCAUCUGACCUUCGACCUCUGAUGUUCUGGAUGUCCAAUGCAACCGAGCUCCUCAACUUCUUUCAGGUUAAAGUGGAGGUCAUGGAGAAAGAGUGGGAAUUUGAAGCCCCAGGGGAUCCAGUGUUGACAGCCGACAUGGACACAUGCUCGGAAGCUCUUGCUCAACUCGAUGAUGUCAUCAUGCACACCUUCCAGCAAUGUGUUUAUCACCUAACAAAGACCCUCUACUCCCUCCUUCCUGCAUUGCUGGACACCAACCCUUUCUCCAGAGAGGAGAAGGAGAAGAAGGCUGGCGCACAGGAAGCGGAGGGAAAGGAGAAAGCAGAAGAGGAGGUGGAGGACGUCACCACCCUGCCACCAAAAGUGGCCGGAUUGGUGGAAGUCUAUCGCUCGUCCCUAACGCUCUCAAGAGAAGCUUGCCUGUCCCCACCGCUCACGUCCCAAACGUUUGGCUACCUCUUCUUCUUCACCAACACUUCUUUGCUCAACACCUUGUUAGAGAGAGAUGGGCUUUUCUCGUGGUCCCGAGCAGUGCAGAUCCGCACAAACCUGGACUUAGUUCUGGACUGGCUCCAGGGGGCGGGGCUUGGAGACAUUGCCUCUGAGUUCAUGAAGAAACUGUCAGUCAUAGUCAACUUUUUAUGUAUUCCCAAGACUCGUCUUAUCCAGUCCUCCUGGAACAGUUUACUAGAGGAUCACGCCUUGCUAAGCCCUGCCCAACUACAUCACCUACUCACUCAUUACAAAUUAGGACCAAGCAGAGCCCCCCCAGCUUGUUGGGCUCCCCCACCUGGCACGGAGCUAAGUGGAGACAUAUUUGAGAGCUUCCUGGACCACCCUCCUCUCAUCCUGCCAAAUGAGACCCCUCGCCUGGACCUCUCCAAACCGGUGCCGAGCCCGGACCUCCAAAAGGAAGUGACGCGUCUUCGCAACUUCUUGUGGGGGCUCGACCAGGACGAGCUCCCGGCCAAUCAGAGGACUCGGCUUUAA